AUGAAAAAAUACAAGCACCUGAUGUACUUCCUGCUGAUGGGAGGUGCUGCUACCCUUUGCAUGUUUCUGCUCCAGCCUCAGGACGAUAGGCAUCUUCAGACCCAGGAGCAGAGGAAGAACAGUCUGCAGGAGAUGUGUGGUUUCCAGGACAACAAUCCCACCCUGGAACACCUGACCUCGGCUCACCUGAGACAAUUCAUAGUUGACGACAAACACAAUCUAAUCUACUGCUUUAUCCCCAAGUUGCCACGCCGGUUGCCGCUCGCUCCGUCGCCACGCCGGUGGCCGCUGUUCUUUGCCACGCCGGUGGCCGCUCGCUCCGACACCACGCCGGUGGUCUGCUUCGACAAUGAUUUUGACCACGCCGGUGGUCUGCUGCGCCAUGCACCGCAUCAAUUCUCUCUUCUUUACAGUACGGCUUAG